AUGCCCCCAUCCACAGCCUCAUCCGAUCUCACUGAUAUCCUCGAGGUGGCAUAUGCCUCAAAGUCCAUGCGGAAGGGCGCCCCAGACACGUUCAUCAUCUGCGACCAACCACGUUCCCUCAUCAGCGUCGGGGACAUCAUCGAUAUCGACAUCAUCGACGGAUACCGUUACCGCACCUGGUCCGUUCGUAUCAUAUGCGUGCGCGUUCUGGAGAAGGAGAUGGUUGAGCUUGCCGGCUACCUUCACGGCCCAAUCGACGGCGCCUUGCCGACGUACAUGCUUUUCCAAUGCCCGCGCAGCUGGGUCCGCAUCAAAUGGUUCACCGCGCUCAUCCUUCGUGUCUGUCGCCUCCCCACCAUGAACACCAUCCAACCCAGUCACCCUCUCCCUCCUUCCACCUGCAAUAUCAAGAAAUUCCGUGAGCGCUACCGCGGCAGCGUUGACUCAUUCAACCCCGAGCCUACCGAGCUUGUUGGCGGCGUAUCCUUCAGUCUCCCAUCCCACUCCAUCAGUCUCCCGUCCCAAUCCGUCUACUCCGACGACGCCAGCACUGGCACCACGGCCACCUUCGACCAGUGACGAUGACGCCAAACGACGAGCUUCGUGCGCGUUCGGCAUGCGGGAGGACAACAGACAGCUGUGUAGAAGAACUUGGAUGCGACAGGCAGUACGUGCGCGUGGAGGAGGGCUCAGAGAAGGUGGGAAAUGGUUCGCAUGUUUUUUGAACUAUUCUACUAGUUGUCUGCGUUUUUGUAUCUCGAAUCCAACGUCGUCGUGAGACACAUGAUCUUC